AUGGCGGAAGCUCUUGGAGCUUUGUUGGAGGCAAGCUUGGAUCCGAGACGGAACAAGGAAGCCGAGAUCGCCCUUCGUCAAGAAGAACAGAAGCCCGGUUUUUCUCUACAGCUCCUCCAAAUCACGGCAUCCGAUUCCCAAACAAACAACCUUCGUCUUGCGAGUGCCCUUUGCUUCAAGAACUUCAUUAAGCGCAACUGGACCAACGAGGAUGGAGAAUACAAGCUGCCGCUGGAUGAGGUUUCGACCAUCAAGCGCGAGCUGAUCACUUUGAUGAUCUCCGUGCCUCCUACGAUCCGGACUCAGCUCGGCGAGGCUGUCAGUGUGAUCGCCGACAGUGAUUUCUGGGAGCGCUGGGAUACCCUUGUGGAUGACCUUGUUUCCAAAUUCUCGCCAUCAAACCCUGCCGUCAACAUUGGUGUUCUACAAGUUGCGCACUCCAUCUUCAAGCGCUGGCGACCACUUUUCCAAUCCAACGAGCUUUACAUUGAAAUCAACCAUGUUCUCAACAAGUUCGGUACCCCAUUCCUGGCCCUGUUCGAGAGUCUGGACAACUACCUCGAGCAAAAUAAGAACAACAAAGAAAACCUGACUCAGGGUUUCACCCAGCUUAACCUGAUGGUUAAGCUUUUCUACGACCUCUCCUGCCACGACCUUCCUCCCAUGUUCGAAGAAAACAUCUCCGCAAUUGCGUCCAUUUUGCACAAAUACCUGACAUAUGACAAUCAAUUGCUCCACACUGAUGACGAUACUGAGGCAGGUCUGCUGGAGUAUGUUCGUGCUGGAAUUUUCGAAGGCUUGACUCUGUAUGUCCAGAAGUUCCUGGACGCCUUCGGGCCUCAGGUUGGACAGUUCAUUCAGAGCUCGUGGGGCCUUCUGACCACAAUUGGGCAGGAAACAAAGUAUGACAUCCUCGUGAGUCGUGCUCUGCAUUUCUUGACCUCGGUUGCUAGCAUGCCAGAGCAUGCCGCGGCUUUCCAGGCGGAGGAGACCCUUGCCCAGAUCAUCGAGAAGGUUAUCCUGCCAAAUGUGAGCCUGCGCGAGUCAGACGAGGAACUGUUCGAGGAUGAGCCCAUUGAGUUCAUUCGACGAGACCUUGAGGGCUCUGAUAGUGAGACUCGUCGUCGUGCUGCCACGGACUUCCUCCGUCGUCUGGCUGAGAAGUUUGAGGAAUCAGUGACGAAGGUUGUGCUUAAGUACACCGAGCACUAUCUUGCUGAAUACUCUAAGGACCCGGCCUCCAACUGGAAGUCCAAGGAUACCGCAACCUACCUCUACUCUGCUGUGGCGGCCAAGGGUGUGGCAACCUCUAGUCACGGUGUCACAGCUACCAACAGCCUAGUCAGCAUCACGGACUUCUUCCAGCAGCAUCUUGCUGCAGACCUGGUCUCGGAUGAUGGCAUUCAUCCCAUCCUCAAGGUUGAUGCUAUCAAGUACCUGUAUACAUUCCGCAGCAUCAUCACCAAGGAACAGUGGCAACAGGUUCUCCCUGUUCUAGUGAAGCACCUGGCUUCCUCCAACUACGUCGUAUACACAUACGCUGCUAUUGCCGUUGAGCGAGCUCUCUUCCUCAAUGACGGCCAGGGCCAACCGGUGAUUCCCCCGACCGAAAUCACCCCGCUUGCUAAGGACCUUCUGGAGCACAUCUUCCAGCUAAUCCAGAGGGAUCCGGCGCCGCAGAAGGUGCAGGAGAAUGAGUUUUUGAUGCGCUGUGUGAUGCGUGUCUUGAUUGUCAUUCGUGACGGCGUGGUCCCUUUCACCGAUGUUGUGCUCCAACGCUUCAUCACUAUCACUCAGAUCAUUAGCUCUAACCCCAGUAACCCAAGAUUCUACUACUUCUUCUUCGAGGCCAUGGGUGCUUUCGUUCGAUAUGCCGCCCCCGCCAACCCUGACAAGCUCGAGCAGGCUCUUUAUACGCCCUUCGCUGGUAUCCUUCAGGGAGACGUGCAAGAAUUCAUGCCAUACGUCUUCCAGCUCUUUGCUGCUCUACUGGAGGCCAAUUCGGCCGCUAAUUUACCCACCUACUACCAGGAGUUGAUCGGACCUAUCCUGAUGCCAGUCAUGUGGGAUUCUCGAGGAAACAUCCCUGCCCUGGCUCGUUUGCUCACUUCGAUCAUCCCCCGCGGAGCCCAGUACAUUGUUGAGCACAAUCAGGUCGAGCCUAUUCUAGGUAUUUUCCAAAAGCUCGUUUCUACCAAGGCCAACGAGGGUUAUGCCUUCGAUCUGCUUGAGACUGUUGUUGCGACCUUCCCACCGGCUACUCUGGAACCAUACUUUGUCAAGAUCAUGGAGAUUAUCUUGCAGCGUCUGCAAAACUCCAAGACGGAGAACCUGUCGAUUCGCUUCGUUCGAUUCUUCCACUUCAUCACUGCGCACGAUGACAAGGGAUACAACCCCGACUUUGUCAUGCAGGUGACAGAGAAAGUGCAACAAAAUCUGUUCACUCCUGUCUACCUUAACGUCAUCCUCCAGGACACCCAGAAACUUGCCCGGCCCUUGGACCGCAAGACUGCCGUUAUUUCCCUCACCAAGACACUGGCAAACUCGGACGCCUUUGCCACCCGGUAUGCUAAGGGAUGGGGUUUCACGUGCAACACACUUCUCAAGCUCCUCGAGCUUCCUCCUGAUGUGACCCACAAGGAUGAUCUCCUGGCCGAGGUGGACGUUGAGGAGAUGUCCUUUGGCGUUGGUUUCACUCCCCUGAACACCAUCAAGCCACAGCAGAAGGAUCCCUGGCCCGAGACUGGCGCGGAUCUGAAGAAAUGGGUCGGCGCAUACCUGAAGGAAGCUGACAAGAAGCACGGCGGCCGGAUCUCCCAGUUCGCGCAAGAGCGUUUGGACGACCAGGCGAAGACGGUGCUGGGUAGCUACAUUUCUUGA